AUGAAGUGUUCCGCUCUUAUUGUCGGGACAGCUCUUCAGGCACUGGCUGUCAUAGCCCACCAGAGUCAUGGGAGGCAUUUGGGGCAUGCCCACCUUCAUGAACAUUUCCAUCGUGGAGUAGAAACCGUUUCAAGUACAGCGGCUGAUCGCACUGAGUCGGCCUCUUCUCCAGUUAGCUCUCCUCGAGAUGGACUGGGCGAUGCCACGGAGAUGGUAGCUCUUGCUUUGAAGAAGUUGUCAGUGGUGAACAAACAGCGUUACGAAAAUAUCACCUACAACAAAUAUGAGUUCGCCGACUCUGAUCGCGUAGUUGGCCAGAAGGUUAACGCACCUCCGCUGGAUUAUGCAUCUGGAGACACCCAGAGACCUCGUCCCAGUGGCGCGCAUCAGAAACGCGAUGAAGGUAACUCGAGCUCGAUCGGCCAGGGUGCAUAUAGUAUCCCUAUUGAAUUGGCACGAGCGGCUCGUAUCCUGGCCGAGUCAAAGCCUCCCACUCCCUCGACUGGAGAGCAUGAGGAAUUGGCAAGAAAGGCGAGAAUGAAGUACUUCUCGCCAUCGAAUGACACCAACACCCCGCAGCAGACAUACAAACAUUCUAGUGGACUAUAUGAGUAUGCAACGCCAUCGCUAGAUAAUAUUUCUCUUGGAAAUACUUUUAAUACCGAAGAGGUUGGAAAUUUAUCCAAGAGAGCUUCGAGGUCAGGCUAUUGGAUGGCGAACCUGGAACAGCGAGGCCUUAGCCCUUAUGCACCAUCAGGUUAUAAGGUGUUUCGAAACGUGAAGGACUAUGGGGCAAAAGGCGACGGAGUGACUGAUGAUACUGCCGCAAUCAACAAAGCCAUUGCAGAUGGCAACAGAUGUGGUGCCGACUGCGGCUCUAGCACAAUUUACCCAGCGGUUGUCUUCUUCCGCCGGUAUUAUAACACCCAGUUUCUCGGAGAUCCCGGGAAUUACCCAACCAUCUUAGCUGCAGGAAGUUUUGUCGGUUUAGGUGUUAUUACAUCAGAUGUCUAUGUGGGAGAUCAAGAAGAGUGGUAUAUCAAUACGAAUAAUUUCCUCCGUAGUGUGAGGAACUUUAAAGUCGAUAUCACACGUACUGAUCCCAGUGCCUACGUCUGUGCUAUUCAUUGGCAAGUUGCACAGGGCACGUCCCUUGAGAACAUUGAGUUUUACAUGUCUCAAGCAACAGGAAACACGCAACAAGGAAUCUAUAUGGAAAAUGGGAGCGGUGGAUUCAUGGCGAAUUUAACAUUCGUUGGUGGUAAUUUUGGUGCAUAUCUAGGCAAUCAGCAGUUCACGACCAGUCAGCUAGUAUUUGUUCAGUGCAAGACUGCCAUGCAAAUUCAUUGGGAUUGGGCGUGGACCAUGCAGGAUGUUGUUAUCGAAAGCUGUGGAACUGGUAUUACCAUCACAGGCGGGGCUGGAGGCCCAACGUCCACUGGUCAGGGCGUGGGAUCAUUUAUUCUCGUCGAUGCUAUCAUUGCCAACACGCCUACUGGUAUUGUAACAUCGCUUUACGGCGAGAACUCCACGGCAUUUCUGCUGCAAAAUGUCGGUUUCUUUAACGUGAAGAGUGCUAUUUUGGCAGAGAAAGCCUCAGAAAUAAUUCUUGCAGGAGGCAAUGAGGUCCUGCUUGACGCAUGGGGCUUCGGCCUCUACGUCAACUCCAGUGGAAUCCAUUUCGCUCAAGAAUCCGAGUUUCCCACUAUGACGCGUGAAGAAAGUCUCGUCGGAGAAAACAAAUAUGUGAAAGCAAACUUGUUUACCCGUCGGAGGCCGCAAUACUACGACUUGGGACAGAGCCAGGUUUUCGAUGUGAAAGCUUACGGUGCCAAAGGUGACGGUGUCACUGAUGAUACUGCUGCUUUGAACGGUGUUCUCUCUAUAGCGGCCAAUCUCUCCUCCAUCGUGUUCAUUCCGCAUGGCAUAUACGUCAUCAAGGACACCUUGAAGAUUCCAAAGGGGUCCCGUGUCAUUGGCCAGGCAUGGUCGCAAAUAAUGGCUAGCGGGGAAAAGUUCCAUGACGCUGAAACCCCUCAUGUGGCCGUUAAGGUUGGUGAUCCUGGGGAUUUGGGUAUUAUGGAGAUCCAGGACCUACUUUUCACGGUUUCUGGGCCGACCGCCGGCGCCGUACUAUUGGAAUGGAACAUCCAUGAGUCCACUAAAGGCUCAGUAGGCCUGUGGGAUUCACAUUUCCGUGUUGGUGGUGCCAAAGGCUCUAAGCUCCAAGCUGCUAAUUGUCCCAAAAAGUCCGGUCACGUGAAAAAGGACUGCAUUGCAGCUUCACUUCUAAUGCACAUUACUCCUAAAGCAUCUGCGUACAUGGAAAAUAUCUGGGCUUGGACAGCCGAUCAUGAUCUUGACAUUUCCUCACAGGACCAACUUGAUGUCUAUUCUGCCCGAGGUAUUCUGGUCGAGAGUUCGGGUCCCAGCUGGCUAUAUGGAACUGCAUCCGAGCACAAUGUGCUUUACCAAUAUCAGAUUUCCAAUGCAAAGAAUCUGGUUAUGGGAAUGCUACAAACUGAGUCGCCUUACUUCCAGCCCAUUCCCAAAGCCCCUGCUCCCUUCUCGAUCGGCACCUUCCCAAGUGACCCUAAUUUUGAAGAUUGCCGCGAUGAUUCUUCGAUAUGUGCUGUGUCCUGGGCUGUUCGCGUGGUUGAUUCUUCUUCGGUGUACUUGCUGGGAUCUGGAAUGUACAGUUGGUUCUCGGACUAUUCUCAAGACUGCCUCAAUACGGAGAGCUGCCAACAGCGCGUAUUUUAUAUUGAACAAAGCAGUGAUGUUUGGAUCUUCAACCUGGUUACUAAAGGAGUUCAAGAGAGCAUUAGCCCACAUGAUAGUGUCCCUUUGUGGUCAAGGGAUGUCAAAAACGGAUACACUUCCUCUUUGCUGGGAUGGUAUCGAAAGCCAACUGACACCGUGGGACAACGAAACUUCACAGGAUACUACCUUUACUCGAGCCCAGAGGAUGAUGGUUUGCUUGAAGGGUUGUCCUCUGCAUGCCAAACUGCAAUGACCAGAUUGAUCAAUUGUCCGGAUGAGACCUAUUCUUUCCUCGAGCGAAGCUGGCCAAGGUCGUAUACAAACAAAACUAUCGCCAAAAUGGUCUGUAGUACGGAAUGCGAGAAGUCGAUGCAGACUUGGUAUGAGGAUGUUACCCAUCACUGCUCAGAAUUCGAUACUAAAGAGGACGUCAUGAACUUCCGCGGUGGCGUUCUGUGGGCUGGUUGGAACCAGACAUGUCUCCAAGACCCUGAAAGUGGCAAGUAUUGCAGUGAUGUGGUUGAGGCAUUCCCAGCGGUCAGGUUUGCAGAAGAUAUGGCCAAGCAGGAUUUGUGCUCCUACUGCCAUACAAAAAUUCUCACAAUGGCACAAUCCUCCCCAUACUCGUUCUACGAUGAAAGCUAUCGGAAAGUCCUAAAACUCGUGAAGGAAAAGUGCAGUUUGAGCGGAGAUACCGAUAUUGCACCACCAGUUGAAGAUCACACUGAAGAGCCAAAUGACUUUUGUGGGUCUGAUGUCACCUACACCACCGUUGAGGGAGACACUUGUGAUUCCAUCGCCAAGAAGCAUUUGGUUUCUUCAGCGGCCCUCUUCAUCGGAACCGAAGAGAUUAUCAGCUGUGACCACAUUAAAGCAGGCCUCGAUAUCUGCCUGCCAUUUUCGUGUGAUAAUGUCUUCACAUAUCCUGCCAACUCCACAUGUCGCACCAUUGAAGAUGAUUUUGACAUGGAUAGUGGCACAUUGCGCCGUUUGAAUCCCUGGAUUAAUGGUGGAUGUACCAAUCUUCAGGACUGGGCUGUCAACUACGGACGUGUUCUCUGCGUAUCACCACAAGCAGGUACCCAUACUCAUUUGACUCCUCCACCUGGUGUCACUUCGUUGCCCGGGUCUAGCACUGGCUACACCGAACAAACCGUGGCACCGCCUGAAAAUAGCACGGUGGCAGCUGGCACUACAUUAAAAUGUGGACGCUGGCAUACAGUCAUUAAGUAUGAUGAGAGCUGCACAGCAAUCUGUGUACAAGGUGGUAUUGAAUUUUCGCUGUUUUUGGCUGUAAACCCAUCUCUAUCGGCAGAUUCCUGCACCUCGGAUCUACAUAUUGGAAAUGCAUAUUGCACAGGCCCAACGCAGGGCUGGGGUGUUACUGAUUCUAACUCGACAGUAACGACUACAACUACAGCUACCUUUGCUUAA